UGUCGCAGGAUCAAGACCCCGAGGCAGAGAACCUGUUCACCAAGCCCCCCGCCCCGCCCCUAUCGCCCUGUAAACAUCUCCCAGCUCCCGCCCUCUCUCACCUAGCCCGCUGUUCCCCAAGUCCCCGUCCAAGCCCACGCCACCCCUGCAGUAAGGCAGCCCCAGAGGCCAGCGCCCAUCCUCGAGGCAGGGGUCGCGGCUCGGCCUCGGCCCCGCCUCCGCCCUUGCAACUUGAGCCUAGCUGCGACCCCUGCUCUGACGUCUCGGAAAAUUCCCCCUUGCCCAGGCCCUUGGGGGAGGGGGUGCAUGAUAUGAAAUGGGGCUGAGACCCCCGGCUAGGGGCAGAGGAACCCGCCAGAGGUGAGCCAUGAACUGAGGACUGGAUGCCUGGGUGUCUGGGUUAGGAAGGACCUGGGGGACUAGACUCCCAAGAUGCCGGGGGCCUGGACUCCUGGAUCUGAGAGACUGAGAGGGCUGUGGUCCCUCACUCCCGGGACCAAGAUUCUAGGCUCCUGGGGAAGGAGGGAGCGGAGGCCUGGACUCCUGGCUCUGAGGGAAGCCAGGGCUGGGGCCCAGACUCCAGAGCCUCCAAGUGUCACCAGCUCACCCAUUGCCAUGUGGACUUUUCCUAACCCAGAACAUUCAGAAGGAGCAUCCAUGGACCUGUGGAACUGGGAUGAGGCAUCCCCCCAGGAAGUGCCUCCGGGGAACAAGCUGGCAGGGCUGGAAGGAGCCGAAUUCGGCUUCUAUGUCUCUGAUCUGGCGCUCCAGAUCAGAGCUCAGACUAGAGGGUGGGUAGUUAGGGGUCUCUGUCAUUGCUCACGCUCCUCCCUAUACUCAGGUACGAGCUCAUCCCUGGCAGGCUUCCCACAACUGGACUGGGGAUCCGCGUUACUGUACCCAGAAGUUCCAUGGGGGGCGGAACCCGACCCUCAGGCUCUUCCAUGGUCGGGGAACUGGACAGACGAGGCGUGCACAGCGUGGGACUCUUGGAGCUGCUACUCUCAGACCCUGGGCCCCGCCCCUCCCGGCCCGGGCCCCGCCCCCGCCCCCGCCGCCUGCUCUGAAGGCGCCGCGGGUCAGAACUGUGUCCCCACGGCGGGAGGGGCCACCUCGUGGUCGCGCGCCCAGGCCACCGGGAGUACCCCCAGCUGGGACUGUUCUGUGGGCCCCGACGGCAUCACCUACUGGGGCAGUGACCUCGGCGGGGAGCCGCGCACGGACUGUACCAUUUCGUGGGGCGGGCCCGCGGGCCCGGACUGUACCACCUCCUGGAACCCGGGGCUGCGUGCGGAUGGCACCACUUCUUUGAAGGGGUACCAGAGCUCAGCUCUCACCGCUUCUUCCGAACCGAGCCCGCAGUCGGAUCGUGCCAGUUUGGCUCGUUGCUCCAAAACUAACCACCGAGGUCCCAUUCAGCUGUGGCAGUUCCUCCUGGAGCUGCUCCACGACGGGGCGCGUAGCAGCUGCAUCCGUUGGACAGGCAACAGCCGCGAGUUCCAGCUGUGCGACCCCAAAGAGGUGGCUCGGCUGUGGGGCGAGCGCAAGAGAAAGCCUGGCAUGAAUUACGAGAAGCUGAGCCGAGGCCUGCGCUACUACUACCGUCGCGACAUCGUGCGCAAGAGCGGGGGGCGCAAGUACACGUACCGCUUCGGGGGCCGAGUGCCCAGCCUAGCCUAUCCGGACUGUGCAGGGGGCGGACAGAGAGCAGAGACCCAAUAAAAAUUCCCGAUCAAACCUC